AUGUAAAAAAGAGACAAAUCUCCAAUCAUACAUGUAAAUCUUAUGAAAGAAAACAUUCAUAAUAAACAACAUUCCCUUAAUAAAAAUAGCAUUUCAAGUAAGGCUAGUCUCAAUUUGGUCAAAGUACUAGCAACAAGAAGAUCUGACAUGAAUUCACUUUGGGAACCAUCUGAAGAUUCAAAAUUACAUUCAAAUAGAUUCGAUAAUUAUUUUCAAAGACAUUCUACUAGAAGAUCUAAUGCUUAAACUUCUAGAGAAAGGGAAAGAGAUUUUUCAGACUCCCCAAAACAAUCUCCAUCACAUUAUUAAUGUGUUAAGCAUUUUAAUAAAGCAUAAUAAAGAAAAAGGACUGCAUAGUUCAUUUGUUGUUUACCUAAAUGUGAUACUCAUUUAUUGUGUAGAGAAUGUAAAUAUAAAAUAUUCUAAUGUAAACAUGAUUAAAUUGUUAAAUUGACUGAAUUUAUUGAAUAACCAAUUUUAAUAUUUCUAAAAGCAGAUAAUUAAAAAAGAGAACUUGUUGGUAACCUAAUUUUAUAAUAAAUGCAAUUAUUUCAUGUAUUUAUAUUUUCUUUAUUUAGAAAGUCAAAUAUCAAGCAGAAUAAUCAAAGAAAUAAUUAUAAGAGUACUUAGAGAAUAUAUAAGACUAACUCAAAAUGAAAUGUCAAGUUAUAUAAACUGAAUUUGAUGAAAAAGUUGAUGUAAUAAAUUAUUUAUAUAAUUUAAAGUUUUAAUUGAAAUAAAUCAGAAAUGAUAUUGAUUAACUAGUUUAAACCAGUUUAGUUUACAAAGAUGAUUUUGAGAAUAGACUGAAUCAAAAAGAUGAUUUCAUAGAAUCAGUAAAACUAUUCAAAUAAUAAAGUGAAGAUCCUUAUGAUUAAGUAAUGAAUUAAGUAAAUCAAUUGCAACUAAAUCUCAAUAAAAUUCCUCAAUUGAAUUCCAUUGUUUUAGAAUUGAAAACUGAUAUUACUAUCAAAGAGUUUAGUUAUAAUAAAUUGAUAAUUUGA